AUACUGAAGUCUGCCUGUGGGGAAGCUAGUGUUGUCAUAGCAACGGUGUCCCGGGUAACCAACACAACUUAUGCCGAGAGCCGAGCGGUUUAAUUAGGCCUCGGGUGUUCAUGAGAGGCGGACAGGAGGCUUGGACCUGACUGAAAGAUCGGACGGACGAAUAUCCGAGAGAUGCUGGUUGUUGUGGUUGCACUCGGAUCAGCGCUGCCUGCAGGAGAGCUGUCUUUUUCAUAUAUACUCCUCUUGCUGCAUUAGAGUAUUUGAGCAAUGUAGGAACUUGGCAUGACUAUCGAUUGCGGAUGCUAUGAAAAAUGGUCUCUAUAGACUGCUUGAACUCAGAAGAAAUUAUUAAAGAAUUGUGCAUGUGUAACGGUGUCAAUUAUGAGAAGAUUAAAAAAGAAGGACCAGCAACAAAAACACUUGAAAUGUUUUUCUCUGGUUACCCUAAAAUGGUGGGGCUCGCUUACUUCCCGAAUCUUAUCAACCUGACAUUGAUUGGACAAAAUCUAGAAAGUAUUAGUGGCCUACAAUCCUGUCUGUUACUCCAAGAACUGUGGAUUUCCGAGUGUCAAUUAACAAGAAUUGAAGGACUUGAAAACUGUCUACAGUUGCAAAAACUUUUUCUUUACAAUAACCGGAUUACUACUAUAGAGGCUUUGGAAAAUCUUACUAAGUUGGAAGUAUUGUGGCUGAACGAUAAUGAAAUUGAAAGGAUACAGGGAUUGGAUACACUGCAAAAUUUAAAAGAGCUUAACCUGGCUGCAAACCUGAUACACAAAAUAGGAAAUUGUUUAGAUCCAAACAUUUGUCUUGAGCGGUUAAAUCUGUCUGGCAAUAAAAUAUCUUCUUUUAAGGAGCUCACAAACUUAUCAAGACUGGUAAACCUAAAGGAUUUAGGCCUUAAAGAUCCACAAUACACUCCCAAUCCCGUCUGCCUUUUAUGGAAUUAUGCUACCCAUGUGUUAUAUCAUAUACCACAGCUUCAGAGACUGGACACACGCGAUGUAUACCAAAAACAAAUCAAGGAUUUAGCAGAAACUACGGCUAUGAAAAAAAUAAUGUUCUAUAACAUGCAUGUUAAGAAGGUACAUAGAACACUUCGGGAAGAAUUACAAAAACUAAAAACACAGAAGAGCAAAUUGGAACAAGCACUGAUGGGCAGCAUUAAACUACUGACUUUCCAAGUAAAAAGUUUAGAACAGGACCUAUCAGAUCUACAAUCAUCAGCAAAUUGUCAGAAAGACUUUUCGAGACCUUCUGAAUGCACUGAUGAACAUCAGCUGGUUCUGAGAGAUUCUGAUCCAUGGGUAAAGGAGGAGCACAACACAAAUAACCUAGCAGAACAGAUGUGCCAAAAGUUAGAUACCCUGAAACAAAGAAUCCUCUUCUGGACUCGGAGGAUGGAUGAGAUAGACGCGUUUCAUGAGAGACAAGUUCGAAAGACGAAAGAGUACUUUGAUCUCCAGGUCCAGUUGUUACAGACGGAGCUUGAAACUGUAGGGAAUGUUCGCUUUGAAGAAGGCACUCCAUCAGAUUCAUGGUUUAAAUCUUGUUAUGACUUGAUUUUAUCACGCUUCUGUGCAUCAAACUUUAAGACCUACGGGAUCUCUGGAGUAAAGAUAAAUCAAAUAAUAAGAGUGCACAAUCGUUUACUUCGAUCCACAUUUGAGGACAAAGUGCAGGAUUACCUGGACAAUGAAGAUUGCACUGUGACGACAGACAGCUACAAGAAGAUGCUGGAAUACCUUUUUUACACCUUUGACCCAAAAUGUUUAAUUGAAAAGGAUAAUAUUCUCCAAACUCUUGAAUGUGGAUUUAAGGACACAAGAAUGUCACUGCUGGAUGAUCAAGAACAAGGCAAUAUGGUUCUUCUUUCUAACAGUUUGGGAUUUUUUGAGACUUCUAGAUUGGAGAAAGCAACAACCCUGGAGACAAAGCAUCAUGAUCCAGAGCUCUUUAAACAUGGUAAACUUAUCAUUGCCAAAGUGUUUCUGGGCCAUAGCGUUCAGGCACAAAAAGGUCUUCCUCUUACUCCUGCUAAUUAUCCUAAUACUACUUCAGUCUUCAGACCGCUGAAAUUAAAGGACCAUAAUUUAUGUUCUUCAGAUGAUGAAGCAUGUUCUACCAAUGAAUAUGGGAAUUGUGACUGCAGCCUACGUCGGUGUGAAUGGUUUUUGUUUGACCCUGAACUGGUCCUGCCAGAGUACAUCGUUGACUUUGAAUACAUUACAUUGGAAAAUUUCAAUACAUAUUCCACUAUAACAGAUGUUGAUCUCUCUAAAGAACUGAAAUUGGAUGAAGAGACAAUUUCCAUGGAACCAAUUUUUAAACCCAGACCUAAAAUAAUUAGUCUUGAUGAAAGGACAAUUCUCUCUGUAGCAAAAGCCACUGUUUACAAUCAAAUAACAAUGCUGAAUUUACAUGGUAACAGUUUAAGUAAACUGAAAGAAAUUUCAAAGCUGCGGUGUCUCCGAAAGCUUAUAAUAAGUUUCAAUGAGUUUUCCAGCCUGGAAGAUGUCUCAUGCCUGCCUAACUUGGAAUACCUGGAUGCGAGCCAUAACCACGUGACGACUCUGGAAGGAGUUAAAGCUUUGGGGAAGAUGAGGCACUUAGACUUGAGCUGGAAUCAGUUAACAAAAACUAGAACUGAAAUAAACAUUUUGCACAAACAAGCAGCGCAUCUUUUGUCACUGAAUAUAGCUCACAACCCCUUGCAGAAGCCAGCUCUAGUGCGUAUGGAAGUGAUUGGAAGGUUAAAGUCACUGACUCAUUUGGAUGGGUUCCUGAUCACUGAAGAUGAGGCAUCUGAAUCCUCAAAGUUUGUUUCUGGAGCCCGAAUUACACAGGCAUCACUGCGGAUCAAUGCUAGAACAGAUGACGAUAGACCGCGCUGUCUUAGUCUUCUACCUACUUCUCAAAUCUUGUCUAAAAUUAGCAAGAACUGCCUUGAUCCAUAUGCUGAAUUUAAUGACAGCUGGUAUCAUAUGAUUACAUCGGUAAAUUUUGAUGGACAGAACCUCUCCGAAAUUACACAUUUAAAGAAACUUAAAAACUUGCGCUGGGCAUCAUUCAGCAACAAUAAUCUGACAAGAAUUGAGGGCCUCGAACAUUGUGUGUUGAUUGAAGAACUUUGUCUGGAUGAAAACUGCAUAACAAAACUGGAAGGGCUUUCCAAUCUUGUGAAGCUCCGGCAUCUCAGCAUUAACAACAAUCAUCUUACCAGCUUUGACAGGGAGGUUAUUGAAAAUCUGGUUCAUCUUCAUUACCUCUCUGCUGAGGACAAUAACAUCACCUCGCUUGCAGGAUUGCAGAAAGCACACCCAAUCAUAGAACUGUAUCUGAGCAAUAACCAGAUAACUAACAACCAAGAAAUGUACCACCUUAAGGGUCUAAACAACCUUGUGAUUUUAGACUUGUCCAGUAAUUCGCUAUCACUGAAACAUGACAACUACCGACUGUUUGUUAUUUUCCAUCUGUCAUCUCUAAAAGCUCUGGAUGGAUCUGCAGUGGACCCAGUGGAAAGUGAAAAUGCCAAGGACAUGUUUGGAGGUAGACUUACUUCUGAUAUGAUUGCUGAAAAAAUUGGACACCAAAAUUUUACAGAGCUAGAAGAGUUAAAUUGGAGAUCCUCUUCAAUCAGAUCCGUAGACCUCGUUCCAUUUGACCAGUUUAGGAGUGUUCACACUGUGAAUUUAGAGAAUAACAAUCUCACAUCAUUUAGUGGCUUAAUUUACCUAUCACACUUAAAGAAAUUGUAUCUUAGCUACAAUCACAUUGAAUCAAUCCUGCCCAGACAGAAAUCUCAAAAUCACUUAACCAACCGACAGAUCCUUCACCAAAAAGUGAACUCCAGUGGAUAUGGACAGCAAGGCAAGGGUAACAGAGAGCCCUUGUUUGGGGAGACCCUGCCUCCAUUAAUGCAGAGUUUAGAGGAGCUCCACCUGGGUUACAAUGGUAUCAGUAACAUUUCUCAGCUGGAGCUCAGCAGACUAAGGAAUUUAAAGUCACUGUUUUUGCAGGGAAAUGAGAUUAGUCAUGUGGAAGGACUUGAUGGUUUACGGUUUCUUCAAGAGAUUGUUUUGGACCAUAACCGUAUUAAACAUAUUACUGAAACCUCAUUUGCCAAGCAGAGUUCUCUAAUAUCCCUCCGAAUGGAAGAGAAUAGACUCAGAGAUGUUAACAAUCUUCUUCAUCUGGUUAGAUUAAAGAAAUUAUUUCUUGGAUUCAAUAAAAUUCAGGAAAUUUCGGAAGUAGAAAAGCUGGAGGCUAUCCCUUCAUUACUUGAACUUUCUAUUACCGGAAAUCCAAUUUCCCGUAAGAUGUUUCAUCGUCAGCUGCUUGUACUUCGGCUACAAAAUCUAAAGAUAUUAGAUGGCAUUGUUGUGACAGCUGAUGAAAGAGCGAUGGCAGAGAUGCACUUCCUGGAGCAACAAACAUUAUCUUGUCCAAACCCCGGUGUGGAUGUGGCGAAUCCAGUUUCCACGUUAAUCUUGGCCAAGCCACCUCCGUUAUACAUUACAAACGUCUGCCUGCCUGGAGGUUUCCACCACUUUGCUGGUCCUGAUCUGCAUUUAAAUAAUGCACAAGAUGACAUCUUUCCAAAUGAAUCAAACAAAUAUAAGAAGUCCAAGCACCAUGGAGGAGGUUUGACAAGCAAUCCACGCAACGUGAAUGCAGAACUUGCUUUCAGGCCACCCAGAGGCGGAACAAAUAUUUCUUCAUCAUACUUGGUGCAACCAGCUGGUCAAAAUCGAGCAGCACACACACAAGCAAACCAUUUGGACCAUAAUGGGAGGUUAUUUGGAAAUGGGAGUUUCCGUCAAAAUCGAAUGUGAGAUGAUGGUUGUAGAGUCGGUGAGGAGAACAGUUCUGAAGUUUCUUUUUGUUGAUAUGAAUUCACAAGUCUACCUCAUUAACAUAAUUACUGCAAAUAUAUUCACAAUUCCCAUAAAAUUUGCAUAUGUACUUUAUUUAAUAAUAAAGAACUACAGUAUAUCACAUUAA